UUCCCCUACGUCCAGAAAUGUAUGAGAAUCAAUUUGACCACACUGGAAAUAAGUGCAAAUGCUUAUGUAAUCGUCUUAAUGAUUCAAAUUCUAAUGAUAAUGAUGAACGAGGCAAAUUGAUUGAUUCUAUUUGUUUGGAUCCCGUUUCAGUAGAUAAAGAUCAUGUCGUAACUGGUGUUAGAUUUAAAAUACAUGAUAAUGUAAUCUACUUAGAGCUUCAACAAGGUAAACUGAUCAACUAUCGAAUUGUUUCGAAACCGGAGUGGAAAAUUUCAUACCAUUGUGAAGAAAAAAAAUACAUUAAUUAUUCUCCCGGCGUACCAUCGAACGAACUUUUCAGCAUUUUAGCAGAAGAUUUUGUCCUUUCCGAAGAUGCUGUUGUUACAGGUGUGACACUAGGUAACUCAAUACGCGGAAGAUACAUCAAUGACAAUGGAAAUUUUGAUGCAAAAAGAGACGAAUUUGAAAUCGUCUCUAAAUAUGAGAAUAUGUAAUUAUAAUAUUAAUUACGGAAAAUU